AUAAAAAUGAAAUACGCGGCUGUUUUUUUGUUUAUUUCACUAUUCGGUUACGCGCUUACCGCUCCAGUACAGAAUGCAGCACAAGAAGCGCAGGUUUUACGCUUCGAUUCAGAUGUGCAACCCGAAGGAUAUAGAUUUUUAGUGGAAACCAGUGAUGGGAAAUUGCAUCAAGAAGAAGGUCAGUUAAAAGAUGUCGGAACAGAUCAUGAAGCUAUCGUUGUACGCGGCUCUUAUUCGUAUAUCGGCGACGACGGUCAAACCUAUACAGUUAAUUACUUAGCCGAUGAAAACGGAUUCCAACCAGAAGGCGCUCACUUACCGCGUAUCUAA